AUGAAUACUGAGGGAAUUCCCACCAAGGGCGUUGCUGCUCUCACUCAUGAGCUUGGGAUCCGAACCCAACUCACAACUGAGUACCCAGUGAAGCAGCCUUCCAAACUCGCGCCGGGUGAAUGCCUGGUCAAACUCGAAUGUACAGGAGUCUGUCAUUCAGACCUUCACUUCAUGUCUGGAGACUGGCCCUUUAAGCCACGGUUCCCCAGUGCCGGAGGGCAUGAAGGUAUCGGCCGCGUGCUGGCCAUCGGCGCACAGACGCCUCCGGGCGAAGUGAAGAUCGGUGACAGAGUCGGCAUCCAGUACGUUAGCAGCUCGUGCCUGAAGUGCGAGAUGUGUCGGACGGGCUUUCCACAGCACUGCCCCGAAGAAAAGGUGACUGGACAUCAAGAUGAUGGCACAUUCACGCAAUACACUGUUGCAUUCGUGGAUCAUGUCGUACCGAUUCCUGAGAACAUCCCAAGUCAAGGAGCUGCGCCCAUCCUCUGCGCCGGUGUCACAGUGUACAAGGCGUUGAAACUGGGUAAUACUUCUGUAGGUAACUGGAUUGCUAUCCCUGGUUCCGGAGGAGGACUUGGUCACCUUGCGAUCCAAUAUGCGGUUGCUAUGGGUCUCCGGGUGAUUGCUAUUGAUGCGGGGGAUGAAAAGCGCACGCUGUCUCUAUCCUUGGGCGCUGAGAAGUUCGUUGAUUUUGUCCAGAGCGCUAACGUCGUUAAAGACGUUAUUGCUGCAGCGGACGGAGCGGGGCCUCAUGCGGCCAUUGUCCUCACGGAUUCCAAUAGAGCGUACAUCCAGGCUGCCUACUAUACUCGACCGCAGGGAACGAUACUUUGCGUUGGCCUCCCUCCGGAACCACUGUCAGGUUUGUCAUUGACAAUGUUUAUCGGGAAGGGCCUCAAAUUGGUUGGGUCCAAAACGGGCAAUCGCCAAGAAACCAUCGAGGCGCUUCAACUGGUUUCCCGUGGCAAAGUCACCUGCCAAUAUGAAGAGAGACCGUUCGCAGAGCUCAACAGCGUACUUGAGCAAAUGAAGAAGGGGACUUUAGUAGGAAGGGUGGUGCUCACAUAUUAA